UGAUUUCAGUUGAGUAACUGAAGACCACACAGUUGGCACCAAAUCCUUCACUUUAUAUGAAAAGGUUAUAUCCGUAAAACGUUGUUUUCUCUCAGCUGUUCCAAUAUUUCUGAUGUACAUACUGAAAAUAAAGUCCAGUAGUUAAUACUGUACUAUAAUGUAUAGUUAACAUCAAUUGUCUGUGUUUGUCUUUGUAUAAAUGUAACUGUAGCCUUAUUAAAAGAUAUUUAAGCAACACAGCUCUUGUGCAACUCCAGUUCUUACUUUAACUUCUUCUCUUUCUUUUUCCAAAUGAUGUCGAAAUCCAGCUGUAGCGGCAUUAAAAAGAAAGUGGCGGCGUGUACUACCGCCCUUAAACGCAUCAUUUCUCCAGCCCUCCCUCAACGGAAUUUCCAAGUUCUCCACUUUAUUGCAACUGAGGGGACUUCUAAAAUUGCUUAAAACUUAAGUGUCGGAAUUGCAUAGAGUGUAUAAUUUCGUGUUGUAGCUUAUUGUAUAUUUUCACUGUCAAUAUGUGGCUGUCCUGUGGAUGCACUUCAAAGAACGUCAUAACUUUCUUCAGUCGUCGGAUCUUGAGAUCGUAUUUCCAUGUUUUGGGUCGAGGGAGGUGUAAUGUAGCGGCUUGUAUGCCGGAGGCUGCGGGGUUUGACGGGGUUUUGGACCGAGCAGGACUGCAGGAGUUCUCCGUCUCCAAAACUGACAGCUUCUGGGCCGCGGUGGCGCGUCAGAGAUUGAGCUGGAUCAGUCCUUUCCACACUGCCCAGGACUGUGAUCUGAACCGAGGCAAGAUCAAGUGGUUUGAAGGAGGAAAGCUGAAUGUGUCCGUGAACUGCCUGGACCGCCACGUGCACACCUGUCCCGAGCGUGUGGCCCUGAUCUGGGAGAGAGAUGAACCAGGGUCAGAGGUCAAGGUCACCUACAGGCAGUUACUAGAGAUGACAUGUCGCCUGGGCAACCUGUUGAGGCGGCAUGGCGUGAGGAAGGGGGACUGUGUCACCAUCUACAUGCCCUCUUGCCCUCUGGCUGUGGCGUCCAUGUUGGCCUGUGCCCGUAUUGGUGCGGCGCACAAUGUGGUGUUUGCAGGGUUCAGUGCGGAGGCUCUGGCAGAGCGGAUCAGAGACGCCCAGUCCAACACCGUCAUCACAGUCAACCAGGGCGUCAGAGGGGGUAAGGUCAUCGAGCUGAAGAAGACAGUGGAUGUGGCGGUCGAGAGCUGUCCGACAGUACAGCAGGUGUUUGUUGCCAUGAGAACAGAGAAUCCUGUCGUCAUGACAGCCAGGGACAUCGACAUGGAGGAGGAGAUGCUGAAGGAGGACGUGGUGUGUGAGCCAGCUGUCAUGGACAGCGAGGACGUCUUGUUCCUGCUUUAUACAUCAGGCAGCACAGGGAAGCCCAAAGGACUGGUCCACACUCAGGCUGGAUAUCUGCUGUACGCCGCACUCACACACAGGUAUGUCUUCAGCUACCAUGAUGGAGAUGUGUUCGGCUGUGUGGCAGAUAUCGGCUGGAUAACAGGACACAGUUACAGUGUCUAUGGGCCUCUGGCCAACGGAGGGACCACUGUCCUGUUUGAGAGCACUCCCAUUUACCCUGACCCAGGAAGGUACUGGGAGACGGUUCAGAGACUUAAGAUUAAUCAGUUUUACGGGGCUCCCACAGCCAUCCGCCUGUUGUUGAAGUAUGGAGACCAGUGGGUGCACAAAUACGACCGCUCCACCCUCAAAACUCUGGGCUCUGUGGGUGAGCCCAUCAACACUGAAGCCUGGGAGUGGUACCAUAGAGUGGUUGGGGACGGGCGCUGCCCUGUGGUGGACACAUGGUGGCAAACAGAGACAGGUGGCAUCUGCAUCGCCCCAAGGCCAUCAGACCCCGACGCAGAGAUUGUCCCAGGAAUGGCUAUGAGACCCUUCUUUGGCAUUAAGCCAGUGCUCAUGGACAGUGAGGGGAAAGUGUUGACUUCCAAUGACACAUCUGGAGCUCUGUGUAUAGCUAAGCCUUGGCCUGGUAUGGCCCGAACCAUUCAUAACAACCACCAGAGAUUCAUGGAGACCUACUGCCAGCUGUACCCUGGUUACUUCUUUACUGGAGAUGGCGCCUAUCGCUCAAAGGAGGGGUAUUACCAGAUCACUGGUCGCCUUGAUGAUGUCAUCAAUGUGAGCGGUCACAGGGUUGGCACGGCGGAGAUAGAAGAUGUAGUGAAUCAAUGUUCUGCAGUGGCUGAAUCUGCUGUUAUAGGCUACUCACAUUCCAUCAAAGGAGAAGGUGUGUAUGCCUUUGUGGUGCUAAAAACGGAUGUGGAUAUCCAAGAGGCGGACGUGUCUGCACAGAUUAACAACACGGUAAACAAAAAGAUCGCCAAGUUUGCCUCUCCUGACUACAUCCAGUUUGUGCAGCGUCUGCCAAAGACACGCUCAGGCAAGAUAAUGCGCCGGGUGCUGCGGAAGGUGGUGGAGCACGACUUGAACGGGUUGGGUGACCUCAGCACACUGGAUGAUCCUGCGGCAGUACAAGAGAUCAUCCAAGGUCACAAUGAUCUCUGUAGUAAACAACGACCCCGAUGAUGUGUUUCCUGAAACCUGAACAAUUUGACUGCACACAGACAUUCGUUUCUUUAACCAGAUACGUGCUGCUGUAGCAAAAAUGAGUUUAAAGCCCAUGUAUGUUUUGUUUUUAUUGUACUUAUUGUACUUGUAAGUAUAAAAUCAGGUAAACAAGUCUUAAAAAUCGUACGUAUAAUCCACAGAAGUACUCUGCUUUUGAUAGCAGUUACAAAGAGCUGAGAACAUUAUAUAUUUUUAUUACAGUGCAACUAAUAACCAAUAUAGUGAUUGUAAACAUAACGGAAUAAACAAGUUUUCACCCA